CAGGCAACAAUGUAACUAGUGCCCUGGCUGCUUGUCAGGGACCACAGGCCGGGCAGUGAGGUAACCGCAGGCGAACUGCAAAUACAGGGCAGGGGAGGAAGGAAACUUUACAGAAAAGCGAUUGCGCCGUCCUGUAGCUGAGGGGAUUUGUAAGGCGGGCCGAGCUGGGGCUGUAGAGGGAACUGAACUGCAAACCACCCGGGCCAACCAGGGCUGGUGCAUUUGCAAGGGGACACCAAGUGAUAUCUGGUGUGCAGGCGGGAGUUUGAAGGCGAGGGCCACGUUAUUCCCCGAGCCGCAACUUGUGCGGGAGUCCGCUUGCGCGUCAGCGGCUCCCACCAGCCCUUCUAAUGCUGGGGCUGGAGAUGGAGGAGGAAGAGGCUGCGCAGGAAGAAAGUUUCACCAAAGAGGAGAGGGUCCGGUUUGUGGGGCACCGUCUGGCACGUUUGCUGAACUUUCAAGCAGAGAAAUGGAGCAAAUAUCUUGAAAAUGAGGAGAACCAGAAAACCCUGGGGGAGUUUUUGGAUAAAACCGAAGCAGCUUUCUUGCUGUUUUGCUCCCCUCGGGCAGGAACAUUAACAGCUAUGCAGAAGAUACCCAGUGAUAUACCACAUAAAUUAGUUUGCAUUAUGAAGACCACAGAACGCAUUGGAACAGACAAUUACAAAAAAGAGCUGGUAUUUGAAGAGUUGUCUGCAACACCACUUGAGCAUACAGUUGAUUUCAUAGAAGAGGUUUUAGUACCCGUUCUUUCCAAUAAGAAAAACCAUGGAUCCUGGCCACAUUUUAUUUCACAAGAUAUGGAACGUCAUGUGGAAAUUUUGAAAAAUAAGGUGCAUGUUAUGAAGGGAAUGAUGUCAGGAAGAACCCUUCUUCCUAUUCCAACAGUUGCAGCAAGGGCUGACUUGCAUCAGAUGUGCACUGAAAAUAAACAAUAUCCAUAUGCUAGGACCAUGCUGCAUGCAAUUGAAUCUAUGGUUAUUAAAUGGUCAUAUCAGAUACGUGACAUAUUAAAAAGGGAUUCUGUUCAACCUCUUCUGCAAGGCCUCCAUUCAGAUCCCCAAACUGAGCUCAACUUCUGGAAGACGAGAAAAGAUAAUUUGUUGUGCAUAUAUGAUCAACUUCAGUCUCCUGUUGUUCAAAAAAUGGUUACGAUCUUAAAAACCAAAGAGAGCAGCUAUUAUCCUACUUCUCAGAGCAUUUUGAAGGACGUAGAAGAUGCACUUAUGGAAGCGCAAGAUAUUGAACUGUACCUGAGACCACUGAGAAGACACAUUCAGUUUCUUCAGGAGACAGAAUUCCCCAAGAUCCAUUCUUUAAUUCCCCCUUUGUUUCACACCAUCUGCCUGAUCUGGAGUCACUCCCAGUUUUACAGUGUGCCUGCACGAAUAAUAGUUCUAUUGCAAGAGUUCUGCAAUCUGUUCAUUGACCAGGCUAGAUCAUACCUCUCACCAGAAGAUCUUUUGAAAGGAGAAAUUGAAGAAACAUUGGAACAUGUGCAAAUAGCUGUAAAUACCUUAAGGAGCUUUAAGAAUUUCUUCUUUAGCCACAGAGAAAAGUUGGCAAGUUACUUCACCAAUAGCAAGGAAUUUAAACCAUGGGAUUUCCAAUCUAAUAUGGUGUUUGCCAGAUUUGACCUAUUUCUCAACCGCUUAGUGAAAAUUGAGGAUAUCUUUGUUGUCAUGUUGGAAUUUCAAAAGCUGGAAAAGCUGGAGUUUGGUGGGGUCAAGGGGAAAACUUUGAGUGAACAAAUCUACAGGAUGAAUGAAGAAUUUAUAGAAAGCUGUAAAGUUUUCAAGGAGAAAACAUACGAUCCUUCAGAUUACAAUAACGUGGAAUUUGAAGAGGACUAUGUUGAGUUUAAAGCCAAAAUCCUGGAUUUUGACAGACGUCUUGGGUCAAUCCUUUGUGUAGGAUUUCUUGACUGUUCUGGUUUAGAAUCAGCAUUCAAGCUUUUAGCCAUCUUUGGCUAUUUUCUAGAGAAACCUGUUAUCAUGGAGAUUUUUAGCCCAAAUUACAUCAUCUUACUGCAAAUGUUUGAUGAAGAACUGGAUAAUUGCAAACACUUGUAUGAUGAGCACAUUAGGCAGGUGGAAAAAGGGAAUGAAAUAAUAAUAAACAAAAAUAUGCCAUUUACUUCAGGAAACCUUAAAUGGUCCAAAGCACUUCAAGAACGAAUACAGACAUUCUGGUCAAACUUCUUGUAUCUGUCUCACCGAAUCCUGCAAGAUCCUGAGACUGCUUUAGUUUAUCAGAAAUAUAUAGAGACGUUGACUUUAAUUGACCAAUUUGAAGAGCAGAUCUAUUGCAAAUGGAAAUCUCAGGUGGAUGAAGUUUAUCAAUUUAAUUUAGAUCAGCCACUAAUUAAACGCAAUCCUGAAAAUGGUCUCCUAAGUGUGAAUUUUGACUCUAAGCUAGUGGCUUUGUUGAGAGAGGUGACAUAUCUCCUGAAGUUGAAUAUAUCUGAUAUUCCAGAUUCUGCACUAGCAAUAUAUGAGAAAAGGAAAAUUUUUGCUAAGUAUAUUGGAAACCUUGAACUCAUUGUUCAAUGGUACAAUAAACUUAAACAGACUGUUCUGGAGGUUGAAUAUCCUCUGAUUGAAACUGAGCUGAAAGCCAUUGAUGGUCAGUUAAGAGAAACAGAAGAAGUGUUCACGUGGCAGAAAGAGAAUUGCUGGAAAUAUAUUGAACAAGUGAAAGCUGCAGUGUAUGACUUGGAGCAGAGAGUUCAACAGUCAAAGGAGAAUAUUAAAACAAUUCAGCAGAUUAUGAAUGCAUGGGCAGAACACACACUCUUCUCCAGGAAAGAUGAUAGGAAAGAUGCUUUGUUAAGUCUGGAGGAUAAAGAAGAUAGACUUGCCAAGAAAUACAAGUUACUAAAAGAGGAUGGCUACAAGAUUCAUCAGCUUGCUGAGGAAAACUUAAAGCUCUUCAAAGCAGAUUCCUCCUCAGACUCCUGGAAGAUUUAUAUAGAGUACAUUGAUGACAUUAUAGUCGAUGGUUUCUUUAACACACUAAUGCACAAUUUAGACUUCUUCUUGGAGAACACAGAGAAAGGUUUGAAGCCUGCUCCACUUUUUCAGGCACAAAUGAUCCUUAGUGCCCCGGAAAUCGAAUUUAAGCCUUCACUUGAUAAAGAGGCUGGAGAUGGCUUUUAUGACCUAGUAGAAGAACUUUUGAGCAAUGUUUUCAAAAUGUCUGCCCAGGUGAAAAGAGUAGCAGCGCACUUGGAAGUAGAAAAUUACCAGACCGAUAUGGACAACAUGUUAGAUCUAUCUGAGAUCAGGCAGGAGAUUAUGGACAGAGUGGCAGAUGUAAUCGGGAAAGCCCUGGACUACAGAAAUUCUCUGGACACCUACGCUUAUCUCUGGGUAGAUGACAGGGCUGAGUUUAUGAAGCAGUUUCUGCUGUAUGGUCAUGUUUUAACUUCCGAAGAGAUAGACUCUCAUGCCGAUGAGGGAGCGCCUGAACAGCCGCCUACUACUGAGCAGUUUAAAGAACAGACUGACAUCUAUGAGAAUCUUUACAUUCAGAUGAGCAAAUUUGAAGACUUCAGAACAUUUGAAAGUUGGUUUAAGGUGGAUAUGAAACCUUUCAAAAUGAGUUUGUUAAACAUUAUUAAGAAAUGGAGCUGGAUGUUCAAAGAACAUCUUUUGAAAUUUGUCAUUGGCAGUUUAACUGACCUAGAAGAGUUCAUAAAAGUGACAGAUGCUGGACUCCAAAAAGAAGUGAAUGAAGGAGAUUAUAAUGGACUAGUAGAAAUCAUGGGGCAUCUCCUGGCUGUGAGAGACAGACAGGCAUCUACUGAUGAGCUCUUUGAACCUCUAAAAGAGACUAUUACACUGUUGGAAAGCUAUGGACAGAAGAUGUCAGACCAAGUUUAUGUUCAGUUAGAGGAAUUGCCUGAAAAAUGGAAUACCACCAAAAAAAUUGCUGCAUCUAUAAAGCAUGAAGUGGCUCCUCUUCAGACUUCUGAGGUCACACUGAUCAGGAAAAAAUUUGCUUUGUUUGAUGGGAAGCAGAUAGAAUUCAGAGAAAGAUUUAGAGUGGAAGCUCCCUUUUGCCUUGAUGCAAAAUAUCCAUAUAUACUUCUAGAUAAGGAAAAUCGAGAGCUUGAGGCAUUGGAAGAAGAAAUGUUACAAAUGCAGAAAUCUGCAAAUCUUUUUGAAGUGGUUGUUCCAGAUUACAAACAACUGAAACAAUGUCGCAAAGAAAUACGGUUGCUCAAGGAAGUGUGGGAUAUUAAUAUUUAUGUUACAAGCAGCAUUGGUGAUUGGACUAAAACCCAGUGGAGACAGAUUAAUGUGGAACAGAUGGAUGCAGAGCUCAGAAGGUUUGCCAAGGAAGUGUGGUCAUUGGACAAGGAAAUUCGCUCCUGGGAUGUAUACAUAGGUCUGGAGUUAACAGUGAAGAACCUAAUGACAUCACUGAGGGCAGUAACAGAACUGCAGAAUCCUGCAAUAAGAGAGAGACACUGGCACCAACUCAUGAAUGCAACAGAUGUCAGAUUGUCAAUAACUGAAGGCACAACCUUAGCAGACUUGCUGGGACUACAGCUGCAUAAGGUGGAAGAUGAAGUCCGAAGCAUUGUUGACAAAGCAGUGAAAGAGCUGGGCACUGAGAAGAUUCUUACAGAGAUCAGCCAAACAUGGGCUACCGUGGAGUUCUGCUAUGAAGAGCAUUACAGAACCAGAACUCCAUUAUUAAAAUGUGAUGAACAGCUUUUUGAAACUUUAGAGAACAAUCAGGUUCAGUUGCAAACAAUUCUGCAAAGUAAGUACGUAGAAUAUUUCAUUGAACAAGUCACGAGUUGGCAAAGGACAUUGAAUGUGGCAGACUCAGUCAUUUUCAUUUGGAUGGAAAUUCAACGCACAUGGUCUCAUCUAGAAAGCAUCUUCAUUGGCUCUGAUGAUAUCAGAACCCAGUUGCCUAAAGACGCCAAAAGAUUUGAUGGAGUUGAUGCAGACUUCAAAGAAUUAAUGAUGGAGACAGCAAAUACAAAAAAUGUGCUAGAAGCAACAACCAAACCAAAUCUAUAUGAAAAACUUGAAAGUCUGCAACGCAGGCUUUCUCUUUGUGAAAAAGCUCUUGCGGAAUAUUUAGAAACCAAAUGCUUAGCUUUUCCUCGGUUCUAUUUUGUUUCUUCAGCUGAUUUACUUGACAUUCUCUCAAAAGGAACACAGCCAAGACAGGUGACCCGUCAUCUUACCAAACUUUUUGACAACAUUGCUGAUCUUCAAUUUCAAGAUAAUAAAGAGAAAUCUACAGAUAUUGCACUGGGGAUGUACAGCAAAGAAAAGGAAUAUGUUCCAUUCCAUGCAGAAUGUGAAUGCAUUGGUCAGGUGGAGACCUGGUUACAACAACUUGAAGAAACCAUGUAUAAAACAGUGCAUCGUCAUAUCAUGGAGGCUAUAGCUGCCUAUGAAGAAAAGCCCAGAGAGCAAUGGAUUUUUGACUACCCGGCUCAAGUUGCACUUACCAGCUCACAAAUCUGGUGGACGACAGAUGUAGGAAUAGCAUUCAACAGGCUGGAGGAGGGAUUUGAAACCGCCCUGAAGGAUUACAAUAAAAAACAGAUCGCUCAGCUAAAUGCUCUCAUUGCUUUGUUGCUGGGAGAACUUGCCUCAGGUGACAGACAGAAGAUCAUGACCAUUUGCACUAUAGAUGUUCAUGCUCGAGAUGUGGUGGCAAAACUUGUUGCUCAAAAGGUCACUAGUUCCCAAGCUUUUGCUUGGCUGUCACAACUACGCCAUAGAUGGGAUGAGGCCCAGAAACACUGCCUUGCCAACAUUUGCGAUGCUCAGUUCCAGUACUUUUAUGAGUAUUUGGGAAAUACCUCUCGGCUAGUUAUUACACCUCUGACUGACAGGUGUUACAUUACCCUAACACAGUCUCUACACCUGACAAUGAGUGGGGCUCCUGCAGGGCCAGCUGGCACAGGCAAAACAGAGACCACCAAAGACCUGGGCCAUGCCCUUGGUAUGAUGGUCUAUGUCUUCAACUGUUCUGAACAGAUGGACUAUAAGUCCAUAGGAAACAUCUACAAAGGUUUGGUCCAGACAGGUGCUUGGGGAUGCUUUGAUGAGUUUAAUCGAAUUUCAGUAGAAGUCCUAUCAGUGGUGGCAGUGCAAGUAAAGACUAUACACGAUGCCAUUAGAAAUAAGAGGAAGAAAUUUUUAUUCCUUGGAGAAAACAUUACACUGAAAACAUCAGUUGGGAUAUUUAUUACCAUGAACCCAGGAUAUGCUGGUCGAACAGAACUACCUGAAAAUCUCAAAGCUCUAUUCAGACCAUGUGCCAUGGUUGUCCCUGACAUUGAACUGAUCUGUGAAAUUAUGUUGCUUGCUGAGGGAUUUACUGAUGCACGCUUGUUAGCCAGGAAGUUUAUUACCCUGUAUACUCUCUGCAGGGAGCUGCUUUCUAAACAGGAUCAUUAUGAUUGGGGACUUCGUGCUGUUAAGUCAGUCUUGGUGGUUGCUGGCUCACUGAAGCGAGGAGACAAGAACAGACCUGAGGAUCAGGUGCUUAUGCGAACCUUAAGAGACUUCAACUUGCCUAAAAUAGUGACAGAUGAUAUCCCAAUUUUCAUGGGCCUGAUCAGUGACCUGUUUCCUGCUCUGGAUGCUCCGAGGAGGAGGGAUCUACAGUUUGAACAGAUGGUUAAACAAUCUACCCUGGAGCUUCACUUGCAGCCCGAGGAGAGCUUUAUUUUCAAAGUUGUUCAGCUGGAGGAGCUUCUGGCAGUGCGUCACUCUGUCUUUGUGGUGGGAAACGCAGGCACAGGAAAAAGCAAGGUUCUGAGAACUCUGAACCGAACAUAUGUGAACAUGAAACAAAAGCUUGUGUGGAAUGACCUAAACCCAAAAGCUGUGACCACUGAUGAACUGUUUGGUUUUAUACAUCAUGCAACCCGGGAAUGGAAAGAUGGUCUCUUCUCAUCUCUUCUAAGAGAGCAGGCUAAUAUUACCCAGGAUGGGCCAAAAUGGAUCGUCCUAGAUGGAGAUAUAGAUCCUAUGUGGAUUGAAUCACUGAAUACUGUCAUGGAUGAUAACAAGGUCCUGACCCUUGCCAGCAAUGAACGUGUCCCUCUGACUCCAUCGAUGAGGCUGCUCUUUGAGAUACACCAUUUAAAAACGGCUACCCCAGCUACAGUGUCUAGAGCAGGUAUUCUUUAUGUGAACCCCCAGGACCUUGGUUGGAAUCCGUAUGUUGCCAGUUGGAUAGAAACAAGAAGCCACCAAUCUGAAAAAGCUAAUUUAACUAUCCUCUUUGAUAAAUAUGUGCCUCCCUGCUUAGAUCAGCUCAGAACAAGCUUUAAAACUAUCACUCCUAUUCCCGAGAAUAGUAUGGUGCAGACUCUUUGUUCUCUGUUGGAUUGUUUGCUGACCCCUGAAAAUGUGUCUCCUGACUGCCCAAGAGAGCUCUAUGAGAUCUACUUUGUCUUCGCCUGUGUUUGGGCUUUUGGUGGUGCACUCUUUCAAGAUCAGCUUUCAAAUUAUCAAGCUGAAUUCAGCCGCUGGUGGCUCAAGGAGAUGAAAGCAGUGAAGUUUCCAUCCCAGGGUACAAUUUUUGAUUAUUAUCUUGACCCAAAGACUAGGAAAUUCUUGCCCUGGACUGAUAAAGUUCCAAAAUUUGAUAUGGAUCCAGAAACACCUUUACAGGCAGUCCUUGUUCACACAUCUGAGACCACACGUCUCAGAUACUUUACUGAUCUGCUGCUGGAGAGAGGCAAACCAGUCAUGCUUGUUGGAAAUGCAGGAGUAGGAAAAACAGUAUUUGUAGGGGAUAGACUUGCUGCUUUCCCCGAUGAUUACAUGGUGUCUAAUGUUCCCUUCAACUACUAUACUACGUCAUCGGUGCUACAAAAGAUUCUUGAGAAAAGCUUAGAGAAAAAAGCUGGCCGUAACUACGGUCCUGUAGGAAACAAGAAGUUAAUUUAUUUUAUUGAUGAUAUGAACAUGCCUGAAAUGGAUGUGUAUGGAACAGUUCAGCCUCACACACUGAUUCGACAGCACAUAGACUAUGGACAUUGGUAUGAUAGGCAGAAGUUAACUGUAAAAGAAAUACAUAAUUGUCAAUAUGUUGCUUGUAUGAAUCCAACUGCUGGCAAUUUCACUAUCAACCCUCGACUCCAGAGACAUUUCACAGUGUUUGCUCUGAACUUCCCAUCUGUUGAUGCCCUGAACACCAUCUAUAGCAAGAUCCUUGGGUUCCACUUCCAGAGGCAUGUUUUUAAUCCAUCAGUGUUAAAGAAUGCUCCAGCCAUGAUCCAAGCAUCAAUAUGGCUUCAUCAAACUAUGGUUCAAAAUUUUCUGCCAACUGCGGUUAAAUUCCACUACAUCUUUAACCUAAGAGACCUCUCUAACAUCUUCCAGGGAAUUUUAUUUGCUACACCUGAGUGUUUAAGGGAACCAAAUGAUCUUGUAUGUCUUUGGCUUCAUGAGUCUUCACGUGUUUAUGGAGAUAAACUAGUGGAACCAAAAGACUGUCAUUUUUUCCGUAAAAAGCUGAUUGACACUGCACACAAGUAUUUUGAGGGUGUGGAAGAUCAUCUUCUGCGCCAGCACCCACUCAUUUAUUGCCAUUUUGCAAAUGGGGUAGCCAGCCCUCAUUACAUGCCUGUCAAGGAAUGGAAAGUACUGAGGAAGAUACUUACAGAGACUCUAGAAAGCUACAAUGAGCUUAAUGCUUCUAUGAACUUAGUUUUAUUUGAGGAUGCCAUGCAGCAUGUGUGCCGCAUUAGUCGCAUCUUGGAAGCCCCUCGGGGUUAUGCACUUCUUAUUGGAGUAGGCGGUAGUGGAAAACAAAGCUUAUCUAGGCUGGCCGCAUACAUCAGUUCCCUUGACGUGUUCCAGAUCAUGCUGAAGAAAGGUUAUGGGAUCCAGGACUUGAGGGUAGAUCUUGCCAAUUUGUAUAUCAAGACUGGAGCCAAGAGCAUGCCCACUGUGUUUUUGCUGACAGAUGCUCAUGUUGCAGACGAACGCUUUCUUGUGCUGAUUAAUGACUUGUUGGCAUCAGGAGCAGUUCCAGAUCUAUUCAGCAAUGAAGAUAUGGAUGGCAUUAUUACAGGAAUUAGGAAUGAAGUCCGAAGCCUGGGUCUGAUUGACACCAGAGAAAAUUGUUGGAGAUUCUUUUUGGACAGAAUGCGACUACAACUAAAAAUCAUUUUGUGUUUCUCUCCAGUUGGUUCCACGCUGAGAGUUAGAUCUCGGAAGUUCCCAGCCAUAGUUAACUGCACAGCUAUUGACUGGUUUCAUGAGUGGCCGCAGGAGGCCCUGCACUCCGUCAGCAGGAGGUUCAUUGAGGAGACAGAGGUGAUUGAGCCACAUGUUCAGGAUUCCAUUUGCCUUUUUAUGGCCUAUGCUCACACCAGUGUCAAUGAGAUGAGUGCAAAAUAUUAUCAGAAUGAGAGGCGGUACAAUUACACCACUCCAAAAAGUUUCCUGGCACAAAUCUCACUUUAUAAGAUCCUGCUGGAGAAGAAAUACAAGGAGAUGUCCAAGCGCAUGGAACAUCUGGUGAAUGGCAUUCAGAAGUUAAAAACAACAGCUUCGCAGGUAGAAGACCUGAAAUCCAAACUAGCCUCUCAAGAGGCAGAACUACAACUGAGAAAUCAAGAUGCUGAAGCUUUGAUUACUAAGAUAGGGCUCCAGGCUGAGAAAGUGAGCCAGGAAAGAGCCACUGCUGAUGCAGAGGAGCGAAAGGUAGUGGCAAUCCAAACAGAAGUAUCUCUGAAGCAGAGAGAAUGUGAAGAUGACCUGGUGAAAGCUGAACCUGCUCUAGUGGCUGCUACAGCAGCUUUAAAUACACUUAAUAAGGUUAAUCUCACUGAAUUGAAAGCCUUCCCCAACCCACCGAUCGCAGUAACAAAUGUUACUGCUGCAGUCAUGGUAUUAUUGGCUUAUAAAGGCAAAGUACCCAAAGACCGAAGUUGGAAAGCUGCUAAAGUUUUCAUGGGAAAGGUUGAUGACUUCCUACAAGCUUUAAUUAGUUAUGAUAAGGAGCAUAUUCCUGAGAACUGUCUGAAAGUGGUCAAAGAACAUUACUUGAAAAAUCCAGAAUUCAACCCAAAUUUGGUCCGCACAAAAUCCUUUGCAGCAGCUGGUCUCUGUGCCUGGGUUAUCAACAUAGUAAAAUUCUAUGAGGUGUAUUGUGAUGUGGAGCCAAAACGUCAUGCAUUAGCCCAGGCAAAUGCCGAACUAGCAGCAGCCACUGAAAAGCUAGGAGCAAUUAGGAAAAAGCUUAUUGAGCUGGAUAGCAAUCUAUGCAGACUCACGGCUUCAUUUGAAAAAGAAAUAACAAAAAAAGUCCGAUGUCAAGAAGAUGUGAACCGAACCAACAAAACAAUUGAGCUGGCUAACAGACUUGUCAAGGGACUUCAGGGUGAAAAAAUUCGUUGGAGCCAGUCUAUUAAACAUUUUAAAGCUCAUGAAAAGACACUGUGUGGUGAUGUCCUGUUAACAGCGGCUUUUGUGUCCUAUGUUGGAGCUUUUACAAAACGAUAUCGUCAGGAACUGGUGGAACAUAUGUGGAUUCCUUUCCUUAAAUCACAAAAGGUUCCUAUUCCAAUAACUGAAGGCCUGGACCUGAUUGCCAUGUUGACUGAUGAUACUACGAUUGCAGCAUGGAAUAACGAAGGACUGCCCGGUGAUAGAAUGUCAACAGAAAAUGCCACUAUUCUAACACACUGUGAGCGUUGGCCUCUGAUCAUAGAUCCCCAGCAACAGGGAAUUAAAUGGAUAAAGAAUAAAUGUGGAACUGACCUUAAAGUCAUACGUCUAGGACAGAAAGGGUUUUUGAAGACUAUUGAAAGAGCACUGGCCUGUGGAGACACCAUCCUAAUUGAAAACUUGAAUGAAACAGUAGACCCAGUACUUGAUCCCUUACUUGGAAGAAACACAGUUAAAAAAGGGAAGUAUAUCAAGAUUGAAGACAAAGAAUGUGAGUUCAACAAGAAUUUCCAUCUGAUCCUUCACACGAAGCUUGCUAACCCUCACUAUCAGCCAGAAUUACAGGCUCAGACCACCCUCAUUAAUUUCACUGUCACAAGGGAUGGGCUAGAAGAGCAGCUGUUGACUGAGGUUGUUAGUGUUGAAAGACCUGACUUAGAAAAACUUAAGUCUCUCCUGACCAAGCAACAGAAUGAUUUCAAGAUUGAGCUGAAGCACCUAGAGGAUGAUAUUUUGCUUCGUCUGUCAGCUGCUGAGGGUAGUUUCUUGGGUGACACGGAACUGGUAGAGAAACUUGAAUCAACAAAGUCGACAGCAGCAGAAAUAGAGCACAAGGAAGUAGCUGAAGCGAAAGAAAAUGAAGUUAAAAUUAAUGAGGCCCGAGAGCAUUACAGACCAGUGGCUUUGAGAGCGUCUCUUCUUUACUUUGUUGUUAAUGACCUGGACAAAAUCAACCCUAUCUAUCAGUUCUCACUGAAGGCCUUCAACACAGUCUUUCAUAAAGCGAUUGUUUGGGCUGAAUCAUCAGAGGAUCUGCAGGGGCACAUCACCAACCUGAUAGAAGCUGUUACAUACUCUGUCUUCCUUUACACCAAUCAGGGACUUUUUGAAAAGGAUAAACUCACCUUCCUAGCCCAGACAAUGUUUCAGAUUCUGCUGAGAAGUAAAGAGAUAGAACUCCUUGAAUUGGAUUUCCUGCUUCGAUUCACAGUCGAACACACUCACAAGAGCUCUGUUGACUUUUUAACUCCUCAGUCAUGGAGUGCCAUUAGGGCCAUUGCUCUAAUGGAUGAGUUCCGAGGGUUAGACAGAGAUAUCGAAGGGUCUCCUAAAAGAUGGAAGAAAUGGGUGGACUCAGAAUGCCCAGAAAAGGAAAAGUUCCCACAGGAAUGGAAAAACAAAAGCUAUCUUCAGAAACUUAUCAUAUUGAGGGCACUGCGCCCAGAUAGAAUGACCUAUGCUCUUAGAAACUUUGUGGAGGAAAAACUAGGUUCCAAGUAUGUGGAGAGCACCAGGAUGGACUUAGCAAAAUUAUAUGAAGACAGCAGUCCAGCCACUCCAGUGUUUUUCGUCCUCUCCCCUGGAGUAGACCCUCUUAAAGAUGUGGAGACACUUGGCAAAAAACUUGGGUUUACUAUCGACUCUGGAAAAUUCCAUAAUAUCUCUUUAGGACAAGGUCAAGAGAUGGUGGCAGAAGAGGCACUAGAGGAAGCUGCCACACAUGGGCAUUGGGUCAUUCUCCAAAAUGUUCAUCUAGUAGCCAAGUGGUUGGGGACCUUAGAGAAACUCCUUGAACAAUACAGCAAAGGAAGCCACUCUGAUUUCCGGGUCUUUAUUAUUGCUGAACCAGCUCCAACCCCAGAAGAACACAUCAUCCCUCAAGGAAUUCUAGAAAACUCAAUUAAAAUUACCAGUGAACCCCCUACUGGGGUGCUAGCUAAUUUGCAUGCUGCCCUCUACAACUUUGACCAGGAUACACUUGAAUUGUGCUCCAGGGAGACGGAGUUUAAAAGCAUACUCUUUUCUCUGUGCUACUUUCAUACUUGUGUGGCUGAGAGGCUCAAGUUUGGACCACAAGGCUGGAAUCGAAGAUAUCCUUUCAAUACUGGAGAUCUCACCAUUUGUGUCAAUGUCCUCUACAACUAUUUAGAGGCACACACUAAAGUUCUGUGGGAAGAUUUGCGUUAUCUCUUCGGUGAGAUUAUGUAUGGUGGACACAUCACUGAUGACUGGGACCGCAAGCUGUGUCAUAUGUAUUUAGAGGAAUUCAUGAGCCCAGCUAUGCUUGAAGGAGAACUUGCAUUGGCACCAGGUUUCCUAGCACCCCCAAAUUUGGAUUAUGCUGGAUACCAUAAGUACAUAGAUGAAAUGCUUCCGGCUGAAAGCCCAGUGUUAUAUGGACUCCAUCCCAAUGCUGAGAUAGAAUUCUUGACAAUGACAUCAGAGAAUCUUUUCAAAACUCUUUUGGAAAUGCAGCCCAGGAAUUUACUUGUAGGAGACGAAUCAGGACAGUCUCCAGAGGAAAAGGUUAAGAAUGUCCUGGAUGAUAUUCUGGAGAAACUUCCUGAAGAGUUUAACAUGACAGAAAUCAUGCAGAAGGCCGCUGUUCGGAACCCCUAUGUCCUUGUUUGUUUCCAAGAGUGUGAGAGAAUGAACCUCCUCAUUCGGGCAAUACGCAGAUCACUUAAACAACUGAACCUUGGUUUGAAGGGGGAGCUGACGUUUUCUCCUGACAUGGAAGCACAGCAGUCAGCAUUGCUUUAUGAUAGUGUGCCAGAUGCAUGGACCAGGCUGGCUUAUCCAUCCACCUAUGGCCUUGCACAAUGGAUUAAUGACCUCCUCAUGCGGUGUCGAGAACUUGAUACCUGGACACAAGAUCUUGUGCUCCCUGCAGUGGUGUGGCUUUCUGGAUUCUUUAACCCUCAGUCUUUUUUGACUGCUAUUAUGCAGUGCACGGCCCGCAAGAAUGACUGGCCUUUGGAUAAGAUGUGUCUGACCGUAGAUGUUACCAAAAAGAUCAGAGAAGAUUAUGGCCACCCACCUAGGGAAGGAGCAUAUAUUUGUGGUCUUUAUAUGGAAGGAGCACGAUGGGACAUCCAGUCAGGGCUCAUAGCUGAAGCCCGGCUCAAGGAUCUGACUCCAGCAAUGCCAGUCAUCUUUGUAAGAACUAUUCCAAUUGAUCGACAGGAAACCAAACACAUAUAUGAAUGUCCAGUAUAUAAAACUAAAACCAGAGGGCCCACGUAUGUUUGGACUUUCAAUCUGAAGAGCAAGGAGAAGUCAGCUAAGUGGGUACUUGCAGGAGUAGCCUUACUCUUGGCUGUUUAACAGUGAGCCGACAGUCACAUGUGUUGUCACACAGCCCAUAGUCAAAAGGAGAUAAAUGUUUUUUUCACAUUCAGCUGUUGUGUUGUGGAGCAAGGUAAUCCUACUGUUGUACAAUACCGCCACCCAUGUCUGUCUCUCUAAACUAGAUUUAUACCUGUUAAUGAACAUUUUCCCUGAGAGAGGAACUCCCCCCCCCAUAUACACACAAAAUACUCCUCUAUUGAAAAUGCUUUAUUAUCUCUACACAGAGUAAAACAUCCAAUAUUUUACACAAAUUUUGACAAUCUGAAGCUGCAGUACUAGGGGUUUUUAAAAAGUGUUGUUUGUAAAGCCUGCCUUUAGCUAAGCAGACAGGUAGGAAUUAUUUAAGAAAAUUGACCCUUUUAAUUGUACAGUGUUAAGUAUCACUCUGACUGCAGGUGCAUCACUGCUGAACCAACUACUUUUUAAAAAUAAACUGCACAUACCAGAACUGAAUUUCAAUAAAGUUUUCAAAAGGACUCCCUUCUAUCUUUGCAGGGGCAAAACUUACUUAUGCCCACAAACUGAGGCAUGCAGUUACUUGAUUUACUCAUGCACAAAAAGGAGGGCUUUCAAAAACUUGGCUCUUUAAUAGUUUGCUUAGGCCAAAAAUUCUCACCCUCCUCCCCGCCACUCAUUAAAUUUUUAGUGCCACACAAUUCCCUUCACAGCCUUUGGAGUUAAGCACCUACUUGGUUCUGUAGCCCUACUGAAAAUUAACCACUGAAGAUUUAAAAGUGCUGUUCUGCUCUGUAUACAGAUGUCUAUGCAUAAAAAGAAUAUUCUGCAUGUUGAUUCCUCAGGAAAUGUUUUAGUAAAGACCAAUCAGUUAAAAAAAAAUCUAAAGCUAUAUUCUACAAUUCUAUGUUGUAUAAACAUAUUGUAAUAAAAAAAUUUAAACCCUGAAGUAAAAAAAAAAAAAACUUGUCUGCAGGUCAGGCAGCUGUGCUCAGCAUCUUCAA